AGCAGCCUGUCAAUCAAGCCUCUGUCAUUAGGCUAGGUUGAGACUGCAGAGCUUUUCCACGUCAGUGUGUUUACCAAGACCAGAUUGACAGCUGCAGGAAGGUGUUCAAUGUAUUAACUUAUGGAGGAUUUUUUGAAGAGUGAAUGAAUAAGCGGUGUUUGGGAACAUUACGUUGUCGCACAGUGGAAUGUCCGAAAUUUUUAGUCUUUUUGUCGUAGUGAACUGAACUUUGGUCUUCUUCAUUCACUGUUGGCCGGCUAGCCUGCUAGCUUGUCGAGCUAGGCUAGCAUUAGCUACAACAGGACUCCAUCUUUGAAAUAGCAGCCACACACAGAAAAGCAGCAUGUUGGACAAGAAUAUCUACAUUGUCCAGGGUGAAAUUAGUACUGUUGUUGGAGCUAUCAAGAGGAACUCCAGAUGGAAUACGCACACUCCACUGGAUGAAGAACAGGACCCGUUACUUAACAGCUUUGGUCACCUCAAGGAAAUACUCAACAACAUAAAAGAGCUGUCAGAUGUUGAACCCAACGUUUUUCUGAGGCCGUUCCUAGAAGUAGUCCGCUCUGAGGACACCACUGGACCAAUCACAGGCCUUGCCCUUACCUCUGUCAACAAGUUCCUUUCCUAUGGCCUUAUAGAUGCUAACCAUGAAGCAGCAGCAGAGGCCAUUGAGAACAUGGCAGACGCAGUCACGCACGCUAGAUUUGUGGGAACUGACCCUGCCAGUGAUGAAGUCGUCCUUAUGAAAAUUUUACAGGUCCUGAGGACUCUGCUGCUGACGCCAGUCGGAGCCCAUCUGACCAAUGAGUCUGUUUGUGAGAUCAUGCAAUCCUGCUUCAGGAUCUGCUUCGAGAUGCGCCUAAGUGAGCUCCUCAGGAAAUCAGCUGAACAUACACUGGUUGACAUGGUGCAGCUACUGUUCUCCAGACUACCUCAGUUUAAAGAGGAGGCCAAGAGUUAUGUGGGUGCCAACAUGAAGAAGUUGAAGAUGCGUGCCGGUGGGAUGAGUGAGUCAUCCAAAUGGAAGAAGCAGAAACGUUCGCCAAGGCCACCUCGCCACAUGGUCCGAAGUCCCACUGGUGAGAUGGACCCAACCCAGUCCAGCACCCUCAGCAACAACAACCUUUCAGGUGGUGUCCCAUUCAUUGAGCAAGGCUUGUCUAGCCUACCAGCUUCAGACAGUGCUGGUUCGUCCAUUUCCAGCCCGCCAACCACAGACAGUGGCCUGGACACCUGUUCUAAAGCCACCUCCAGGGAAGAUCUUUCUGACCUGGAACAAUUUAGCUCAUCUGCAACCACCCCUAACACUGCUACCACACUCCCUGGGACUGAUCCUGGCUCUCCAGAUGCACAGUCUGAAGGCAGGCAGUUUUUACCAGCUCAGUCGGCCUCAGUGGAGUCCAUCCCUGAGGUUCUGGAGGACAAAGACUCCAUUACAGAGCAAGCAGACAGCACCUCUGUCCAUGACAUGGACUACGUCAACCCCAGAGGAGUCCGUUUUACACAGUCCACACAAAGAGACGGAGCAUCUCUCAUCCCUUAUGGCCUGCCAUGUCUAAGGGAGCUAUUUCGCUUCCUGAUCUCACUGACCAACCCCAAUGACCGCCACAACACUGAUGCCAUGAUGCACAUGGGCUUGCAGCUGCUGACUGUAGCACUUGAGUCAGCACACAUUGCUAACUACCAGACUUUACUAGGACUGGUCAAAGAUGAGCUCUGCAGACAUCUCUUCCAGUUGCUGAGUAUGGACCGUAUGAACCUAUAUGCUUCCUCCAUUCGAGUUUGCUUCUUGCUUUUCGAAAGCAUGAGAGUACACCUAAAGUUUCAGCUCGAGAUGUACCUAAAGAAACUGAUGGAUAUCAUCACGUCAGAGAACAUUAAGAUGCCGUAUGAGAUGAAGGAGAUGGCUCUGGAGGCACUGGUCCAGCUGUGGAGGAUCCCCAGCUUUGUCACUGAGCUGUACAUCAACUAUGACUGUGACUUCUACUGCUCCAAUCUGUUUGAGGACCUCACGAAGCUGCUGUCCAAGAAUGCAUUCCCAGUGUCAGGGCAGCUCUACACCACCCACCUCCUGUCACUGGAAGCUCUGCUCACAGUGAUUGAUAGCACUGAAGCCCACUGUCAGGCCAAGGUGGUCAACAGCACUGCUCAACAAGACCAGUCAGAAACACUGCUGGCAGAGGGAGAACGUUCAACCAAAAAUGGAAUGGACACUUCAUCUGAUCUUAAUAGACUGGGCAGUACCAAUGGUCUGAGUCUUGCACAAGCUGAGAAUGCACCAGUGUGUCCACCAACCAGUGGACAUCUGAUGGCAGAGAGGAUGAGACUGGGUAGACAGGAUCAAGGAGACAAUGACACUGCCGAGAAGAUAGCCCCGAAAAAACCUGAACGUUUCUCGUCAUGUUUACCCGAUUCCCAAGAGUUGAUUGAAAUUAGAACAAAGAAAAAGCUGCUGAUCACAGGCACAGAGCAGUUUAACCAGAAGCCCAAGAAGGGAAUCCAGUUCCUGCAAGAGAAAGGCCUCCUCAGUAACCCAAUGGACAACAACCGGGUGGCCCAGUGGCUCAGAGAAAACCCCCGACUGGACAAAAAGAUGAUUGGCGAGUACAUCAGCGAUCGCAAGAACAUGGAGCUCCUAGACAGCUUUGUAAACACAUUCACCUUCCAGGGACUUCGUAUUGAUGAGGCUCUGCGGCUCUACCUGGAGGCCUUUAGAUUACCUGGAGAGGCUCCUGUCAUCCAGAGACUCCUGGAAACCUUCACAGACAACUGGCAUAAAGUGAACGGCUCUCCUUUCAUGAGCAACGAUGCAGGCUUUGCCUUGGCCUACGCUGUCAUAAUGCUGAACACUGACCAGCAUAACCACAAUGUUCGCAAGCAGAACAUCCCAAUGACUGUCGAGCAAUUCAAGAAAAAUCUGAAGGGAGUAAAUGGAAAAAAAGACUUUGACCAGGACAUGUUGGAGGAUAUCUACAAUGCUAUCAAGAAUGAGGAGAUUGUGAUGCCAGAUGAGCAGACAGGGUUGGUGAAGGAGAACUAUGUAUGGAGUUUGUUGCUACACCGCAGCGCCACACCUGAGGGUGUUUUCCUCCACCUGCCACCCGGCAGCUAUGAUCAUGACUUGUUCACCAUGACUUGGGGUCCCACCAUCGCUGCUCUUUCCUAUGUCUUUGACAAGAGCCUGGAUGACAACAUCAUCCAGAAGGCUAUCACUGGCUUCAGGAAAUGUGCAAUGAUAGCGGCUCACUAUGGCUUCAGUGAUGUUUUUGAUAAUUUGAUCAUCUCCCUUUGCAAGUUCACCACUCUGAGCAGUGAGUCUGUGGAAAACCUUCCUACAGUGUUUGGCAGCAACAGUAAGGCACAGACAGCAGCCAAGACAGUGUUUGACCUCGCCCAUCGGCAUGGCAACAUCCUGAGGGAGGGCUGGAAGAACAUAAUGGACUCAGUACUACAGCUGUUCAGAGCCGAGCUCCUGCCCAAAGCCAUGGUCGAGGUGGAGGAUUUUGUGGAGCCAAAUGGGAAAAUUUCUCUUCAAAGAGAGGAAACGCCUUCAAAUCGUGGUGAGUCAGCGGUGUUGAGUUUUGUCAACUGGUUGACGUUGAGUGGAGCCGAGCAGUCGGGACUCAGAGGACCGUCCACGGAAAACCAGGAGGCCAAGCAGGCCGCCAUCCUCUGCAUAAAACAAUGUGACCCAGAAAAGCUGAUCACAGAGAGUAAAUUCCUACAGUUGGAGUCUCUACAGGAGCUAAUGAAGGCUCUGAUAUCAGUUACCCCAGAUGAAGAGACUUAUGAUGAAGAGGAUGCUGCCUUCUGCUUGGAGAUGUUGCUGCGUAUCGUUCUGGAGAACCGAGACCGUGUGUCAUGUGUCUGGCAGACCGUGUGUGACCGCCUCUGCCACCUUUGCGUCCAAGCCAAUGAGAGCUGCUUCCUUGUGGAGAGGGCUGUGGUGGGACUCCUUCAACUUGCAAUCCGCCUGCUACGACGAGAAGACAUUAGCUCUCAGGUUCUCCUUUCCCUGCGUCGCCUGCUGAUGAUGAAACCUCAUGUCUUGUCCCGGGUUAGCAGGGAGGUGGCAUAUGGCCUUCAUGAGCUGCUGAAGACUAAUGCAGCUAACAUCCAUUGUACAGACGACUGGUACACACUCUUCUCCCUGCUGGAGUGCAUCGGAGCCGGAGUGAAACCUCCUGCCUCUUUCCAGCUGACCUCCACCACUACUGACAAUGACACAGGAGCCCAGUCAGAUAGCGAGCUGUCAUCUCAUCAUCCCAGUGAAGUGAGUGUAGACCGUGGCUACACGUCUGACUCAGAGGUCUACACUGAGCACAGCAAGUCCAGGAUCCCUCGCUCCACAACAGACGUGGAUGUAGCAAGCAGUGGAUGGCUUGUGGUUGGGAAAGAUGACCUGGAGAUAAAUAAGACCCCUCCAGUAAACUCUAAAGCUCAACUGAAUCACCCAUUGGUCAACCAGUACAGUCUGACGCUGGGCCAGGACCUGGGCCAGCACGACACAAAGUCUCUCAUCAAGUGUGUGGAAACACUCUCUUUCAUCGUGCGUGAUGCUGCCCACGUCACCCCUGACAACUUUGAACUGUGUGUUAGAUCUAUACGAGUGUUUGUGGAGGCCAGCCUCAACGGAGGUUACCGCAACCACGACAAGAAGAAGGGCCACAAGUACGACUCUAAGUCCCGGAUGAGGAAGAAGGCAGGGGGAAGGGAGAAGGAGGGUGGAGGUGGCAUGAGGCGAGGUGGCAGCCGGGCGUCCAGCCAGCGUCCAUCACGUUCCCACAGUGACGACGAGGAGGACGAGAGUGUCCCAGCCAGCUACCACACGGUGUCAUUACAGGUUAGUCAGGACCUGUUAGACCUGAUGCACACACUGCACACCCGGGCUGCCAGCAUCUACAGCUCCUGGGCAGAGGAGCAGCGCCAUCUGGAGGCUGCAGGCAGGAAGAUCGAGGCUGAUUCCCAGACUCUAUGGACAAGCUGCUGGUGCCCGCUGUUGCAAGGCAUUGCUUGGCUGUGCUGUGAUGCCAGACGACAGGUUCGUAUGCAGGCCCUCACCUACCUCCAGAGGGCACUGCUGGUCCAUGAUCUGCAGACACUUGACGCAACUGAGUGGGAAUCCUGCUUCAAUAAGGUGCUUUUCCCCCUGUUGACUAAGCUGCUUGACAACAUCAGCCCAGCAGAUGUGGGCGGUAUGGAGGAGACCAGAAUGAGAGCCUGUACACUGUUAUCAAAGGUUUUCCUCCAACACCUCUCUCCUCUGCUGUCCUUGCCUACCUUUGCUGCCCUCUGGCUCACCAUUUUGGAUUUCAUGGACAAGUACAUGCACGCAGGAUCCAGUGACUUACUGUUGGAGGCAAUCCCUGAGUCUCUGAAGAACAUGCUGCUGGUGAUGGAUACAGCAGGCAUCUUCCACAGUGCUGACUCCAGGACAGGAUACUCAGACCUGUGGGAAAUAACUUGGGAACGAAUUGUCUGCUUCCUGCCUCACCUGAGGGAGGAGCUCUUCAAACAGACUGUCAUACCAGAUCCAGUACCCAGUCCUCCAGCAGAGCCCGUGCAGCCAACACCCCCAGCAGGCCGGCCUCCAUCCCCUCAGUUGUCUCCACCACCUGCCCAGCUGCCCUCCCCAAUCCCAGUCCCAAUAACCCCUGCAGAGACACAGACCCCGAGCAGGCCAGUAUCACCCCAGGAGCCCCAUCCAGCCAGUGCCAAUGGAUCAGACAGAUCGUCUCCGGUCCCACCCUCAAUUCGCCCCAUGCCGGUACCGUUAACGACGUCCCCUGCCCAGACUCCUUCACCCUUGAGCCAGUCCCCCCUCAUCCUGCAGCCCCUCGCCUCUCCCUUGCAGGUGGGAGUCCCGCCCAUGUCCCUGCCAAUCAUCCUGAACCCCGCCCUCAUCGAGGCCACGUCGCCUGUACCGCUGCUUCCUGGUCCCAGACCUACAAGUCCUUCUGACGAGGUCAAGUAAGAAAACUCAAGCUACCCUACACCCCUACUCUGUCAUCUUUCCAGACCACCACCCUCUUCAACAACUGGACCCAACAGACUUUUCAACUACAACUUCAAGAGCUGCUUGUCACCAGGUUUUUGAAAUAAUAUGUAUGAGAAGACAAAUUAGAUGAGACACCUCAAUUAUACCACAUUUGAUUUAAAGGAAAAAUCCCCCAAAACAUCUGAAACUGUAAAAAAACACCAAUUGCUGGUGUACCUUGCAUUCUUUGUGCCAUUUUUGUGUUUAGUAUAUUCUUAUUUCCAUGGAGACAAUGUAAGGAAAUGGAGGACAAAAGUCAUCCUAGGACAAAUAUUACUAAUAGUAAUAUUAAGUCUGAUUGAGGUAAAGUGGGUUCACCAAAAGUGUACCUGGGCUGUAGCUACCAUUGACAACACUGAGGUCCAGUCCUCACUGUUUUGGGGGCGCAUUUGGGUGUUUUGGCAACCUGGGGGGAGUUUAUUUUGUACUACACAUGGUGAACAUUUUACUGUCUGAUUCCAGAAUUUUUAAACUCAAUGCAUUAUAUGUAUUUUAGACCAAUACAAUAAAAUAAAAAUUCUGAUUCAGUAUUUUCCCCCAGUUUUAUUCUUGGGAGUGUAAGCAAGGCUUUAAAUGAUAAGGCAGGUGUCAUUCUAUAUUUUUCUUAUUGUCUUAAAAUCUCAUAAAAAGACCCAAAAUAACAUGUGUUAGUCAGUCUCUCAAUACUUUCUGACUUCUCUACCCUGUCUGUGGCUCUCUGCUCCAAGCCCAUUGGUUCCCACUAAAGAUGUAAAUCUUUAAAAACACCUCACAAAUUUUAAUUUUUAUAGAAGGAUAAGUAAUUUCCUAAAACUGGUCACUAUAGCUUUUAACAACGUAACAACGUCCUCAAAUAGGAGGAAAUUUGGACUAUUUUCCGUUGCGGAUUAAUCCACAUUUGGUACAUGAGUACAUCUGGCAGCAGUAGUGUAUGUGGGAUUGAGUCAAAAUAAAAUUCAGUAUGUGUGUGUGUUCAUGGUAAUGAAGGAACAUGUCACCCAGUGCAACAGUGUGGCUCAUUGAUGUGUUUUAAUAGUGUUUGGACAACAAUGGAACUCUAUGGCACAGAGGAAUAAGAUUUAUCAGGCAUUGAGAAAAACAGAAUACUUGUUAGCAGGAUCAAUUCAUUGGCUCUGCACAUGGGAUUUGUUGGUAGUAAGAAAAAUAUAAAAUAUCACCAGCUUUGGAACUUGUUGGAAAUCAUUAAGUUUUCAGUAGGAGAACCACAUGCAGGAUACACUUCUCACCUGAUGGGCAGCACCAUUUUUUUUCUUUCAGAGGACCCUUCCCCUCGCAUAGAUUUUAACUUGAUAAGACCAGGCUGACCUCAUGGCUUUGCUCGCACACCUGUGCUUCAUAUUAAUCAAGAGACUUCAGGCAGGGACAGUACACAAGAUCCACACAAUUAAGUUAUUUGGAUUUUAGGUACUGCAUGUUGUUCAUUAAAUAGGAUUUCCAGAGCAUGAACUUCAGUCAGAUGUUCCAGUGGUCUUAACAGAGCUGUUAUAUAACCCCCACUGAGGGAUCAGCGUCUGAUUGAAAACUGUACAGAAAAACUACUUUAUUUAUAUACUAGUCAGUUUUUGUUUCAGAGAGGCAAACUUCUUUUCUGUUAUCCUGUAACAGCCAAAGAUAGAGACACUGUCCUGUACUGUUUAUUUCUUCCCAUUUCUUUUGAAUUCUGCAUGAGCUUUUUGCCCCAACAACAAAAAACAAGCUUUGAUUUCGGGCACUCUAUGAAUUCCUCCUCCACUUUAACAAAGAGGGAUUGUGUGCACAUGAAGGCUUUCUCAGAUGGACUGGAGAUUUUACAUGUACAACAUUCCAAAAUGUAUACUUGUGUGCAGUGAGCUCGGCCCACUGUAUGGAGGAGAGUUAGAGAUCCAAAUGGCUACUUCUAUGAUUUAUGAUGAGUCUAACAAAUAAUUCAGAGUUCAGUAUUGAUGUUAUUUUAUCAUGUUUAUGUAGCUCGCUGCGUACAACAGUCCACACAUUAAUAUUUCCAAGGGCCUGAGGAGUUCGGGUUACUCAUAUCGCAAGGAAAUCUAAGGAAACUAAUAAUAGCAGUAACUUAACACCUUAUUGUUAAAUGUAAUCAUUACUGAAUACUUCAUUUAUAAAUAGAAUUACAGCUGAAUAAGCAUUGAAAUAUUUUACUUUGAAAACCAUCCAUCUCCAUUUAUGUAGUUUGAAUUUGUCAGCAGGUUAUUUCAAGUGGUGUAAUUUCAAAAACAUGAUUUCAAACUUUAUUUCUCCGCAGUGGGGCUAUUAAAAACUAUACAUAGCAGAGCACACACAUAUCUCAAUAGAGCACUUAGGACAACAUAAUAUGAUUUUAAAAAGUGCAGAGUAACAGGGUUCACAAAUUCAGUUAGAAAAUGAAAGUGUCCCAUAUUCAAAAAACUAAUAAUUUUGCUCAAAUUCGAUCUAAAAAUUUAAGUAACCUAAAAUUCUAAAUUAAAUUUUUUAACUAAUAACUGUAACUAAUUUCACAAUUAGGUGUUCAGCUGCUACAAUUUGCUUCCAUAGAAACCUGUUGACAUUCUUGUAUGCUGAUGGACAAACUCAUAAUCACAUAUUUGGCAUUAAAAUGGUGAAUUAAUCUAUGUGGUGUAGAUGUGGACAGAAAGUUUAACAUCCAUUUACAGUGGCCCUGGUAUUCUCUGUGAUGUUUAAUGCUAUUUAUUGAGUUGCGAAAGAAGAGAUGGACUUUUCCACUGCAGUACAGUUGACAUAUACAUUGUGUCACAGCCUUAUAGAGCCACCAACAUGAGAUAUUUUGUAAGCUGUGUGUUUAUUUGUUGUAUGGGACUCUAAAUAUAUCAGGAGCUGAUUCUUGCUUGAACAGGAAAUUACAUGAAUAUAAUGUGUGUGUAUAUAUAUAUAAAUGAAAGGUAAAAUACUUUUUACUAUGUAAUAAAUAUAAUGUAAAGAAAGUGCCCAAUCUGGUGUUUGUGUUGUUGCUUUUACUCUAUGAAAUACAGGCCAUAUUCUCAAAGGAUUUUAUUUUACCAUUGGGAAUCCUCUACGUAGAGUGUCUCCUCUUAAAACCUUUUCACAAAGCUGCUGAGAGCAAUUUUUAUUUAGGAACAGAGUGGGUUUACUGUUCCUGUUGCUAUGGAUGACAUCAUGUUUUAAAUGUUUAUUGAAUGAGUUUCCUCACUAUGUAUACAGUCAUUGGUGGACAUUGGGUCAUUUGCAUCACUGAAUGUGAAAUAAAAAUGUAAUCAAUACACAGGUGUGAGACAAGAUAGAUAGAUUUAAUUGGAAAUGUUUUUUAGUUUUAUGUUUGUGACACAGUUUAGGAAAUAAGUAAAAUAUUGACUUGUUCAGUAGAUUGUAUCUGGGAUCAAACACCAUCUUUAUGUUGGUACUAUAUAUUUUUUUCCAGUUAACUGAACAAAUGUUUAUCCUUUGAUGGGCUAGUUAUUCAUGUCAACAAUGUUGCCAUGCAGUGAUGGCCAUGAAGUCAACUUUAUUUAUUGCUGUUGGUCAUUAUUGAAUGUACACUUAACUAUCAAACAACUGAGGUUUGAAAAGAGCAAUUUUGGGUUGAUAAAUAAUUUGAUAAACUUGACUUACUGAAUUUCUCAGCAGUCUGUCCAGUGUUGCAAACUGUAUUUUUCCAGUGUCACAGUAUUGGAAAGUUGUGCAAAUGGUCAUCUCUGGUGUUAAUUUUGUUAAUGUUCAUUUUGAUUUGUUGGUGCUCUGAUUAGGUCCUAAUUAACUCAUCUCCAUCAGAGUAUAAUUUUAAAAUUAUUAUUGUAUUGUUUCAAAUAACUGAUGUGACUGACUGAACAGGUCUUAGUGACUCAGGAGUCCAAUGGACUGCCUCUUCUUCUCUCAGACAGAGGACCUGGUUUUAGCGCUUAAAUGCUUUGUGAAUUACUCAUAGACAAUACAACAGGAAUACAGGAUUCUUAUAGUUAGGACUGACACACUUAUUUUAAAGGACUGCUAUCUAUAUGUAUAUUCUAUAUUUUUCUUCUUGUCAACAAAUCCCAUGUGCAGAGCCAAACCAACAACGUAUACAUGCUGCUAUCUUGUUCUUCUGUGCCAUAGAGUUCCAUUGUUGGUUUGAGUCUUCAUAUGGGAUUUGUUGACUAUAAGAAAAAUAUAGAAUAACAACAGCCUUAUGCUUUAAGAGUUUCUCCUAACUUGACCCCGUAAUAGCCCCUAACCAAACAAGCAAACCAAAUGUUUAGCCUUUAGCCUUUUGUGCAUAUGUCUACCAGCAUUUUAUGGUAGAAUUACAAAUUAUUUCUAUUAAAUGCUCUUUGACAGAG